UCUCAUCCAGCUGCCAAUAUUUUCCACUCUCGAAUCAUAUCUUUGUGAAAUACGUGGGAAUAUUUUGUGUAUACAGCUAAUUGAAUUAAUCAACGUUGCAGUGAAACAAAGAGAUCAACAUGAAACAAUCGUUGUGCACCGUUGUCAUCACCAUCCUACUAAUUGUAUGUCAACAUAUCAACAAUUCCAUCGCAUCGAAGAAUGAUAACGAGGAGCAUGAACGAAAUAAGCGUUUCGUUUUUUUGCAAACAAGUGGAAUUGGUUAUUUGGUAGCUCUGGCCAUUCCAACAAGUGCAGUUAAUAGGCAACGCGUUUAUAUGGCAUUCAAUUUUGAAGCUCAUUAUGGGCUCGCAAGUGCUGAAACAUUUUUGUCGAAAUUCAAAGCGCCGUUCAUCGGCGACAAUGAGGUAAAACGUGAUGUGCAUGGCACAAUAGUUGAUAAUCGAUUGAGACACUUUUCCGAUAAGAAGAAUGUGUACACACGAAAGAACUUUUACAGAAUUAUUGAGCAACAAAUUACUUCCUAUGGAUAUAAUGGAACUUCUUGCCUUUUACGAACGAUUUGCGAAACAUCGGAAACACCGUUUUAUGAGAACAAUGGCGUUUUUGGCAACAUUUUCCAUAUUUUAUUUACGCCAUCGUCAUCAAAGGCGGAAAAUAUCGAAUCGAUUUACUAUGAGGCCGAAUAUCAUGGACAAUUGCAAGAAUGCCAACGCUAUGUUGAAGAGUGCAAAAUCAGCUUCUUGGACCUGGUUUCCCAUAUGGUAUCGAUUGAAUCAAGGAAAAUGAUGUAG